CUAUUACAACCACUUUAACGGUGUUUUUAUCCCCCCCCAUGUCUUAUACAAACCUUCGAGUGACUCUCACAACAGUUAUUGAGGUAUUAUCGAUGCGAUGUGUUGUGGAGGGUUGAGCCCCGUCGGAGGGCCUAUUUGACGGAAGCGCGGAGGGGUUUGUAUGGUGGCCGGGCCUGGCUGUUUAGCGGUGGUACGGUCCUGAAUGGAGGAAGUGUUUUCCUGCGGGGUAAACAGUGACAGCUAUAGGGCAGACUCCCUCAGCCCCCUAAAAACAAAUCGAAAAUGGAUUCAGACAGUAAACUGGUCGCCCAGCUGAAUUCUGAACUCUACUUCCUAAUCGCCCGCUUUCUACAGUCUGGACCGUGCCAGAACGCAGCAGAGACGUUGAUCCGGGAGGUGGAGGAGAAGGAGCUACUGCCCACACGACGGGACUGGACGGGGAAGGAGCACCCAGGGAGAUACGAAGAUUUGGUGAAGCUGUAUGGCCACAUCAGUCCGGACCACCUGCUGCAGGUGUGCCAGAGGGUGUGUCCUCUUCUGGAGGAGGUGGUUCCUGCCAGCGUCCCCGGGAUCCACAGUCUGCUGGGGGCGGGGCGACAGAGCCUGCUACGUACCAAUAAGAGCUGUAAGCAUGUGGUGUGGAAGGGUUUGGCCCUGGCAGCACUGCACUGUGGUAGGCCCCCUGAGCCGCCAGUCAUCUAUGGGAGCCCGCCCAGCAUCGUGGAGACAGGUCACGGCCGUCGUCUGAUUGGUUCGUACCGACUGGGUCAGCUUCUCCCCACUGCGGUCUACUCACACAUGAAGAUGCACAAGAGGAUUCUGGGACAUCUGUCCUCUGUCUACUGCGUCACCUUCGACCGCACUGGACGGCGCAUCUUCACCGGUUCAGAUGACUGCCUGGUGAAGAUUUGGGGGACGGACGAGGGCCGUCUACUGGCAACGCUGAGAGGACACGCUGCUGAGAUCUCCGACAUGGCCGUGAGCUAUGAGAACACCAUGCUAGCUGCAGGUAGCUGUGAUAAGACCAUCAGAGUAUGGUGUCUUCAGACCUGUGUUCCUCUAGCAGUACUGGAAGGACACUCUGCAUCCAUCACCUCUCUACAGUUCUCUCCUCUGGUCAGCGGUUCUAAGCGGUUCCUGUCCUCCACCGGAGCCGACGGGACCAUCUGCUUCUGGCAGUGGGACGCACGCACUCUCAAGUUCGGUCAGGGGCCUGGUAAGUUCACGGAGCGGUCCAGACCUGGAGUUCAGAUGAUCUGCUCUUCCUUCAGCGCAGGGGGUAUGUUCCUAGCUACAGGUAGUACAGACCACAUCAUCAGAGUGUUCUACUUCGGUUCUGGACAACCACAGAAGAUCUCUGAGCUGGAGUCACACACUGAUAAAGUGGACAGCAUCCAGUUUUCAAACUGCAGUGACAGGUUUGUGAGUGGCAGCAGGGAUGGUACAGCUCGUAUAUGGCAGCUCCAUCAGCAGGAGUGGAGGAGCAUUCUACUGGACAUGCAGGCCAAGUUACCAGGGAAGUACAAUCCCCCUCCGCUGGAGGACAAGGUGACCAAGCUGAAGGUUACCAUGGUAGCCUGGGAUCGUCACGACAACACAGUCAUCACCGCUGCCAACAACCUGACGCUCAAAGUCUGGAACUCCACCACCGGAAACCUCAUCCACAUACUGAUGGGUCAUGAGGACGAGGUGUUUGUCCUGGAGCCACACCCCUUUGACCCCCGCAUCCUGUUCAGCGCCGGGCAUGAUGGGAAUGCCAUCGUCUGGGACCUGGCCCGAGGGGUCAAGAUACGAUCCUACUUCAACAUGAUUGAAGGUCAAGGCCAUGGGGCGGUAUUUGACUGUAAGUGUAGUCCUGAUGGACAGCACUUUGCUGUUUAUUCAUCUACAGACUCACAUGGUCACCUGCUCAUCUUGGACAGCACUUUGCUGUUUGGUUCCAGCAGCAAGUAUGACAAGAUAGCAGAUCAGAUGUUUUUCCAUACUGACUACCGCCCGUUGAUCCGCGAUGUUAAUAACUACGUGUUGGACGAGCAGACCCAGCAGGCACCACACCUCAUGCCCCCUCCCUUCCUGGUGGACGUGGACGGGAACCCCCACCCUCCUCCAUACCAACGCCUCGUACCCGGACGGGAGAGCUGCAGAGACCAACAGCUCAUACCACAGAUGGGAGUCACCUCCUCAGGCCUGAACCAGGUGGUCAGUGAACAGGCUGUUGAAGGAGCCUCUCCUCUAGACAACAUGAUUCACAGACUUCAACAGGAGCAGGACCAGAGACUGUCUACCGACACACACAACAGAGAGGUUCACUCCCCCCAACGUGGGUCUGCGUCGCAGUGGUCAGAUCGAGGGGGUGAGACAGAUGCACAGCAAUGCCCCCCGGAGCCAGAUGGCCACAGAGACAGACCUGGUAGCAUGGAGCAGGAGGGUACUGGUCCCAGAGCAAGGUAUCAGUCACUGAGCAUGGUAUCACUCACUGUCCACCUUCACAGAGAGAGCAAGGUAUCAGUCACUGCCCACCUUCACAGAGAGAGCAAGGUAUCACUCACUGUCCACCUUCACAGAGAGAGCAAGGUAUCACUCACUGUCCACCUUCACAGAGAGAGCAAGGUAUCACUCACUGUCCACCUUCACAGAGAGAGCAAGGUAUUACUCACUGUCCACCUUCACAGAGAGAGCAAGGUAUCCUCUCCAGACUGUGUAGGGGUGGAGGAGGGGAGGAGAAGUCAUGGUAACCAUGGCUACCAGACGCGUGCGGCUGUGGAAGAGACGAGUCGUCACAGCGCUGAGAUUGCUGAUGAUGACGACAACAACAGCAUCUCAGAGGGAGAGGUAGAUGUGCAUCCUAACCCUGUGAAUGGGAACUCUUCAGAGGAGGAGAAGGAGGAAGAGGAGAAGGAGCCCUGGCCUGAAGACCACAGCAGCUCCAGUGACUACUCCAGUGACUACUCUGACUGGACAGCAGAUGCAGGGAUCAACCUGGAACCUCCGAAGAAGAGCGUGAAGGUGAAAAAGAAGAGCAGCAGCUCUGAGGAGGAUGGAGAGAAGAAGAGAGAGGGAAAAAGAGACAGGAAGAAAGACAAAGCAGACAAAGAUGGAGCGCUACCAAAGAAGAAGAAGCCAAAGGAGAGGAGGAAGAGGGUAGAGUUCCAGGAAGAGGGACUAACUCUAGAGGAGUGGCUUCCGUCAUCCUGGAUCACAGACACAGUCCCUCGGAGAUGUCUCUCUGUCCUAUCUGUCUCACAGAUGGGAGAUGAGGUUUACUACUUCCGUCAGGGUCAUGAGGCUGUAGAGAUGACCAAACAGAACCAGAUCUACAGCAUCAACCCUAAGAAACAACCCUGGCACAAGAUGGAGCUACGGGAGCAGGAGCUGGUGAAGAUAGUAGGGCUAAAGUAUGAGGUUGGUCUUCCCUCUCUCUGCUGCCUCAAACUGGCCUUCCUGGACCCUGAUACUGGCAAGCUGACUGGAGGCUCCUUCUCCAUGAAAUACCACGACAUGCCUGACGUGAUUGACUUCCUGGUUCUGCGGCAGCAGUUUGAUGAUGCGAGAGACCACAACUGGACCAUAGGUGACAGGUUCAGGUCGGUGAUAGACGACGCCUGGUGGUUUGGGACUAUUGAGGACCAGGAGCCCUUCCAACCAGAGUACCCAGACAGCCUGUUCCAAUGCUACAACGUCUGCUGGGAUAAUGGUGACACGGAGAAGAUGAGUCCUUGGGACAUGGAGCCUAUCCCCAACGAGGUAGUGUUUCCAGAGGAGCUGGGUCAGAGCGUUCCUCUAACGGAGGAGGAGCAGAGAGAGCUGCUGUAUGUUCCCCUGGAGGGGGAGUGGGGCGCCGCCACGCGGAACCACGAGUGUCAACGCAUCGUCAACGCCAUCGACCAGCUUACCACACUCGAUGUAGCUGUACCGUUUGCCGUGCCAGUAGAUCUCCAGGCUUAUCCUUCCUACUGUACUGUAGUAGCCUACCUCACGGACCUCAGCACCAUACGGUCCAGGCUGGAGAACCGCUUCUACAGGCGUAUGUCAUCGUUGAUGUGGGAGGUGCGUUAUAUUGAACACAACGCUCAAACCUUUAAUGAAACUGGAGCCUUCAUCGUUAAAACAGCCAAGUUCGUCUCUGACCUCAUGCUCAGCUUCAUCAAGGACCCCACUAUGACUGACAUUAUUCCUCUCUACAACACCAUGAAGAAGACUGCUUUCUCUGACACCGAGGAUGAGGAUGAUGAAGAUGAGGAUGAAGAUACAGACACUCCUGGAACGUCCACACGAAACAGGAAGGGUCGUGGCGUUGGUCUGCAGCAGCUGCAGCGUGGCGGUGGUGUAAGGCGAGGCCGGCCCUUAGACCCCCAGGCCUGGCGGGGGCGCAGCAAGGAGCUGAUAGACCUGCUCUUCCAGUGUGAAGACUCAGAACCCUUCAGACAACCUGUCGACCUGGAACAGUACCCCGACUAUCUGGACAUUGUGGACACCCCCAUGGACUUUGGGACGGUGAGGGGGAUGCUAAGAUCGGGGGAGUACACCUCUCCCCUGGAACUCUACCAGGACGUACGGCUCAUCUUCAGCAACUCUAAAGCUUACACACCCAGCAAGAAGUCCCGGAUCUACAGUAUGAGUCUCCGCCUGUCUGCGUUGUUUGAGGAACAUGUCAACUCCAUCCUGGCUGACUACAAAGCCACCCAUGGACAGACGGACAGAAAGACGAGACAUAGAGCAGACAAACAGACCAGACACGUGGUGGAAAGACAAACCGACAGACAGACCAGACACGUGGCGGAAAGACAAACCGACAGACAGACCAGACACGUGGCGGAAAGACAAACCGAAAGACAGACCAGACACGUGGCGGAAAGACAAACUGAAAGACAGACCAGACACGUGGUGGACAGACAAACCGACAGACAGACAAGACACGUGGCGGCCAGACAAUCCGACAGACAGACACGACAAGCUAUGAAGAGGAGGAGGAGUGACUCUCCCUCCAGCAGCGCUGCCUCAAGCCCAGAGAGGAAGAAGCGUGUGUCAUCGAGGGGUGUAUCCAGACUAGAUUCCUUGGCCCCACCCACGGCUCCAGCUGCAGCCCCACAGCGCCCCCCCUCCUUGAGACAGACCCUCCCCAUUCGACAGCCCCUCCCCCUCCUCAAUGGGAAGGCAGAACAACAGAUCCCCGGACGAACACGCAGCGCCAGGACACAAACACCCUCCACAGCAGACAUGCACAGCACUGCAGCCUCCCCUCGUACCCCCUCACCCCAGGCUACUGCCCACCUGAAUGGCCACAGUAGUCAGGAGACAGUGGGCGUGUCUGCAGGUCGGAGGGGACGGAGACCCAGAGCAGUGACCCCUGAACCCAGUCCUAGCCCUGCCCCCAAGGGUCGCCCUCCCGGCAGGAAGAGAGGCAGGAAGUCCAAACAGGAACUAGAGGCCAUGAGGAGGGGCCUCCGGCGAAGCUCCACCCCAGAGGACAAGCUCAACCAAUCCACAGGCGACGAGGGCGGGACUUCCUCUGCCCAGGAAGCGUCUGUGCUGUCGGGGGCCGGACUUCCAGGAACGCCACGGCGCCGCGGUAGGCCAAGACUGGUCAGGACAGAGAUAGCCCCUCCCCCUUCCAGCCCCGACCCCUCCCCUUCCCCUUUGAGGAGGAGCAGCCGGCGAAUCAACGACGAGAUGACUCCCCCUGCCCAGUCUCUGCAACAAUCACAGCGCGUGAGGGCAUCGCCACAGGACGAAAACGACGAUGAAGAGGAGGAGGCGGAACAGGAAGGGGAGGGGUCAGCGGGAUCGAUGUGUACGCGUAACCGGGGCCGACGGACGGCAUACUACACGGAGGAGGACUCAGAGGAGGAGGAGCAGAGACAACUCCUGGUUGAAGACUCCUCCCUCACAUUCGGCACUUCCUCCAAGGGUCGUGUCCGCAAGCUCACAGACAAGGCCAAGGCCAACCUCAUCGGCUGGUAACCAUGACAACCAACCGCACUGCCAUUGUUAUGGGAUGGUUACCACGACAACCACACCCUG